AAUUGCAUCAAUGAAACGACUAUUUGUAGACAUAAAAAAUUAAAGUACAUUUGAAGAAAUAUAGUUUAUAUUACAGUCUCUAAUAUUAUGAUAAAUUAAAAUGAAGCAAUCCAAAAACUGUUUUAUUAUUUAGAAUGAGUACGUUGGCAAUAUGGUAACGUUGUGACUUAUACUACAAGAUCCGAAAAAAUAAUGUCAAACAUACGUUUAUGAUGUAAGACAAAUAUUACACAAAAGGUUUUUAACUUUUACUAGAUAUAAGCUGAUAAAUAUUGAUUGUAAUAAUAAUAAUUUGUUUCAAUAAAUAAUAAUUUUGUUGCUUCAAGUGAGCUUAGCCGGAACAAAAAAACAGUUGGUUAUUCUGAUAAUCAACCAUACAUAACCAUAAAAAACAAAUUCAAAAAUAUUCAAAAAAUAUUUGUUUUAAAUAAAGUUAAAUUUCUAUUUUUUGAAAUGUCGAAACCUUGGUUUAAAAAGAAUUAUAAAAGAGUAAGUAAAUAUAAAGGUGACGAUCCUAGUGAUGUAAAUAAUCUACCAAACUAUGGAUAUUUAGGGUUCAGACUUUAUUUCCCCGAUGCAGAUCAUAUAAACGAAGAGAUGUUAAAAAAACACGUAAAUACGUUCAAAACAUUCUUUCAACAAAAUCAAACGUGUUAUUCUUUACCGGAAAUCGCCAAAGAUAAAUUAUUUAACUUGGAUUUUAAACAAAUAACUGGAGACGAGAACAUAUUAACAUAUUGGCCCGAAUUUAAAGAAGAAUUAUCGAAUGACUCAGAAUAUUGUUUAAAUUGUAUAAGUUUAGCCAUGCACGAUUUAAUUACCAAGUAUUAUGAAGAACAAAACGAACAAAAUUUGAUAUUAUUCGAACCGAUAACUGCAAGAAUUUGUAAUGUGGAACCAUUUUUACAUUUAAGAGAACUCAGGUUUCAAUACAUUGGUAAACUGGUAACUAUUAAAGGAACUGUGAUAAAAACUAGUGAUGUAAAGUUAAUUGCUCAGUAUUUAACGUUUACAUGUAGCAAUUGCUUUGGUACUCAAAUAUCAAAACAACCAGAUAAUGUUUACACAGUACCACUUAGAUGUAAGACUAAAGAUUGUAAAGCCAAGACUAAUUUUAGUGUGGAACUCGAUUCUCCUUAUGAUAAAUUUGUCAGUUGGCAAUCGGUUAAGAUUCAGGAACCACAUUGGGCUGACCAGUAUGACCAUGCCAGAACUCCAAGAACUCUCGAUUGUGAAUUAACAGAAGAUUUAGUAAAUACUUGUUUCCCAGGGGAUGACGUAACUAUUUCUGGUAUAAUUAACGUAAGAGAUGUUAAUAGUAACAACGGUAAAAAUAAACAAAACUCCAUAUUCAAUCUUUAUUUAAAAGCGAUAUCAGUUUUUAACAACAAAAAACAAUGUAAAGGUGAAUAUAACAACGGGAUAUCUUUCAAUCAAAAUGAUUAUUUCGAUAUACAAAAAAUCCAUUGUGCUCAAAAUUCAUUCGCCCUUUUAGUACAAUCUCUAUGUCCCAAUAUAUAUGGGCAUGAGAUGGUUAAAGCUGGUCUUCUCUUGGCAUUAUUCGGUGGUACUAAAUCUGAAUCAUUCCGAGGAGAAUCCCAUGUAUUAGUCGUAGGUGAUCCUGGAUUGGGAAAAAGUCAGAUGUUACAAGCAUGUACGAAUGUUGCACCUCGAGGGGUUUACGUAUGUGGAAAUACAAGUACAAGUUCUGGAUUAACAGUCACAAUGACUAGAGAUGGAGAGGGAGAAUUUUCUUUGGAAGCAGGAGCUUUAAUGUUAGCAGAUCAAGGUUGUUGUUGCAUCGAUGAAUUCGAUAAAAUGCCUACCCAGCAUGCAGCUCUUUUAGAAGCUAUGGAACAACAAACUAUUAGUAUAGCUAAAGCCGGAACGAUUUGUUCUAUCCCUACAAGGGUUACUAUGUUAGCCGCAGCUAAUCCCGUAGGAGGUCAUUACAAUAAAGCCAGAACAAUAGCGGAAAAUUUGAAAAUGAAUUCACCUAUGCUAUCAAGAUUCGAUUUGAUAUUUAUUUUACUCGAUACCGUAAACGAAGAAACAGAUUGGCUCCUAUCGAAGCACGUGGUCAGCAUACAUUUAGAACAAAGCGAAAGAAGUAGAAUCCAAAAUAAUUCGGUGUCUAUUGUAGAAUCUAGUAAUGGAAAUUUAAGAGACCGUUUAAAAUUUGACGCUUCCAAAGCCGAUUUGGUUCCCCAUAAUUUAUUUAGAAAAUAUAUAGCUUACGCGCAGAAAUAUGUCAAACCGCAAUUAUCAGAUGAUGCGAAAAGUGUUAUUAAACAGUAUUACCUAUCGUUGCGUAAACAAUUCCAAACUGGCGACUGUACUCCUGUUACGACUAGACAGGCCAACUCCUUAAUUCGAUUAACUCAAGCAAGAGCAAAAGCUGAGUUACGAGAAGUGGCAACCAAGCAAGACGCCGAAGAUGUAGUAGAAAUUAUGAAGUGGAGUCUGAACGAUAUUUUCAGUGAUGGUACUGGAGUUUUGGAUAAAACACGUUCUCAAAACGGUACCGGAACAAGUACUAAAGCACAAAUUACUAGGCUCUUAAGGAUAGUGCAGAGGAUUUCAGAAAUAGAAACAAGAUCUAUUUUUGGUACAAAUGAACUGAAACAAUUAAGUGAACAAGCGGGUAUAGCUAAAAACAAAUUCAACACGGUUUUGGAAAAUUUAAAUUUACAAGGAUUCCUGUUGAAAAAAGGUCAAGGCAAAUACCAAUUGGUUACAGCUGAUUUUUAGAUUUUUUCUUUGUAUUCCUAUAUUUCACAUGUUGUAAUAAAAUUUCAUCUCAA